AGUCCUCGACAUGGAAGAAACCUCUAUCUUGCAGAUUUCCCACACGUAGUGUUCUCCCCAGAUGUGUUAUACAUCGCCAGCUCAAGAGCGCAUUCAUCGCAGACCGAGCGAGACUUUCAGAGUUUAACCUCGAAUACAGAGAGCCUGUUGGCAGUCAAGGAGGAACAUGUGGGCGCUCGGCUACGUGUUGUUUGUCUUGAUCAGUGAGAUGACCUCCUGGCAACCUCGAGCUUACAGAGCACACGUUGCUAGACGUAGUUACCGCUAAUACUAACCUUCUUUAGUCAAGUACAUUCACAAUUCAGGAGCAGCUCAAGUACCUCUCAUGUGUUGAUCUCAUUCUUCCCGUGUUGAGUGUUCCCGCUGCAGGACAAGCAGCUGUCUUCGACGAAUCAACGGAAUUGGACUGGGUAUUCAGAAGGUUUUGGGAUGUCGAAGUUGGCCGCAGUCUCUCGCCAGCAGCGGAAACGAAAGCAAAAACGACAGCGAAAGCGGAGACAACGCAGACAGCAACAUCUGCCUACAAAAUUUACACGUCCUAUCCCUUCAAUGCCAAUUGAGGUCGCCGAGAUAAUUAUCGACUUCGUCGGUACUGGGCUGGCGUAUUUCAAUGACCCUAUGGACUCAGAGCGUCGGAAAGCCUACCACACAUUGCGAUGUUGCGCAUUGACUUGUAGGUCGUGGCGUCCUCGGAGCUAUCACUUUCUCUACAGAUGGAUUUGGUUCGUCGACUUGUUUGACGAUAGUAUUUUCCGCGCUUCGAAUGCACUAAUCAAUUCUGUGCGAACAAAUGGUCAUCUACAAGACCAUAUUCGUGCACUGGCGAUAACUCAGGCUCAUGAGGAUUCGAUGCGGGACCCAUUUAUAUGUCUUCUUCAGUUGACCGGCAGACUUCCGAAAUUGCGGUGUUUAACUUUGGCUUUCACAUCGCGUUUCGUACAUCUCAAUCCCCAGAAGGCCAUUCAGGUCGUAUCGACGUUCUCUCGGACGCUGUCCAUGCUCAGCAUACAGCGUCUCUCAAUCCCGACUCGCAUCUUUCACAGGUUAUUAUUUGCCUUGCCGAACCUUGUAUAUUUGGAAGUCAGCGUCGGGACCAUCCGAGACCCCAGCUCGCCGUUGCCUUUGAUUGUGCCAUAUCAUAGGGCUAUGCAAUGUCGACUUACAUGCUUGAUCAUUGUCCUUGAUUUCUUCCUCGAAGAUAGCCAUCUGCAUGCACAACAGCUGUACGCUGCCAUUCUCCGGUUCCCGCAACUUAUAUCGUCUCUGGACACACUCUUGGUUAUGCUGGAUGCGAAGUGGGCCACAAAUGCUCCACCUGCCAUACGUAUGAUCACCUCUAUAUUUCGGAAUACGGCCAAAACUCUCAGGCACCUUUCCAUCUCUAUCGCUAACUUCGUGAAUUGGGUCGCACUUCCUCUAGACGUAUUCUAUCUAGACUCCAUGCCGUAUCUCACCCAACUCUGCAUUUCCUUUCCUACCCAGGGAGCUCAGCAUGUGUCUCAUGUGACAACCUUCUUCUCGUCAGUGACCUCAAAAUGCUUGCAAGAGGUUCAGGUUCAAAGCGGAGACCUACCCGGGAGUCUUCGCAAUUGGAAGAAAUUAGAUGACAUCUUCACAGAUGCUCGCUUCCCAUUGCUCCAGAGAGUGCUCUUCGUGCUCCCGAGAGAUGAAACUGCGAGUGAGUGGCAAUUAGGAGAGAGCUUGCCCAACUGUGCAACUAGCGGGAUUCUCUUUGCACAUACGAUGGAUAGUAAGAUUGAAAUGCACGCAGGGCAUUACGAACAUCGGAGUGCUAACUCGUGUCGUGCUCAGUACAUUCUCGCGAUGGAUAAGGUCCCGCCGUACUAGCCUCGCAAUUCCACUUAACCACUCGUCUGCCCUCGUCUGCCCGCCGGCGCAGGGUGGUCAUGAAUACAUCGCGAUGUACGACUGCUACGAGCCAAAGUCUGGUAUCGUUGAUUUAUUUAUGCCUCAUUCAAGGAUGCUAGGGCCGCCACACCAUCCAACUCCAUUGAGGUAUCCCCCUAUUCGCUAUUCACUCGCCAAUCUCCCGUUCAUCAUAGCUCGCAUACCAUUCCACAUGUCCAAAUUUAGUAUGGAAAGCCUGCGACUCGGAAGCUCAGCGGGAGCUAGCUUGUUAUCCAGCCAUCGACGCAGGUGCAAAGGGACGAAGCACUUGUCAUCUAUCUCACCAUCAUCGACGAUGGUGUGAAAAGAUGUUGUCCAUCCAAGGACUUAUAGGACAUUUGCUGACAAGUGGACUUUUAUGCCAUGGGGAAUUCUUCGAACAUUCCCUGCCGGAACCCGAAGAAGCUGGUAGUACCUGCAUCGACAACAGCGACAAUGACAAGUUUCUUUCCAGCCUUGAGCACAGCGAAUGGAUUUGGUUUCCUGGGAGGUUCAGGAAUUUGAGAGGCCGCUCUUGGAUAGAUCCAAGUUAUGAGACGUCCAAGGAAAGAUAGUUGUGGGAUAGGCUGCGAGGGUGAAUUGGCUGCAGUCGUCGACCUUUGUUCCUUCUGUUCCACGAAGGCCAGUCGACGACGAGGUACGGGAGGAGGAAGUUCAGGAAGGAUUUCAAAGAGGUCUGUGAGUUCAGAAAGAGUGGGCAUUGGUGUUGUUCUCGCACUAGUGGACCAUUAGCCCAGAUGACGUGCAGAAGGGAGACACUACCUACUUCACAACAACCAUAGAGAAAUCAGGAGCAGGUGGCGUCGUCUUUUUGAAAGGCGUAGCAGGCUUGUAUACAUUGAAGAAGAUUUCGUAGGGAGAGGGAGGCUGAUCCGACUUCUUUUUCUCGUGUAGUGGAACAGAGUGACCUGAAUGCAGAAACCGUAGAUUUUUAAAUAUUGAAGC